AUGGCAUCAAUUUCAGUAUUAAAUCCAAAAGCAGAUAUUUUACGGAAAUCUGUAGCUUUUGCUGCUAAUUUUCAUGCUGCAAAGGGUCUUCAAAAAGUUAUAAAGUCUAAUUUGGGGCCACGUGGCACUUUAAAAAUGCUAGUUGGAGGUGGGGGACAAAUUAAAGUAACAAAAGAUGGAUGUGUUCUAUUAAAUGAAAUGCAGAUUCAACAUCCUACAGCUUCUAUGAUAGCAAGGGCUGCCACUGCUCAGGAUGAUAUUUCUGGUGAUGGGACAACUUCUAUAGUAAUUAUAAUAGGGGAAAUACUUAAACAAGCUGAACGUUUUGUAACUGAAUCAGUCCACCCACAAUUACUCUGUGAAGGUAUUGAUAUUGGUAGAAAAGCCUUAAUUAAUUUAUUAGAUGAAGUAAAGAGUCCAAUUUCAUAUGAUGAUCGCGAGAUGCUACAGCGAGUAGCACAAACAUCACUAAGAACUAAACUGUCUCAUGCAAUUGCUGAUUCCUUAUCAGAUAUUGUUACAGAUGCUGUUUUGAUUGUGUUAGAUAAGGAGUCUCAUGUUCCAGUUGAUCUUCAUAUGGUGGAAGUUCUCCCAAUGAAACAUGGACUGACAUCUGAAACACGUUUAGUACGAGGCAUGGUUUUAGAUCAUGGAGCUAGACAUCCAGACAUGCCUAAGGAUCUUAGAAAAUGCUUUAUCUUGACAUUGAAUGUCUCUUUGGAAUAUGAGAAAAGUGAAGUUACAUCAUCUUUUAUGUAUUCUUCUGCAGUACAAAGAGAACGCUUAGUUGAAGCUGAAAGAGCCUUCACAGAUGAGAAAGUCAGAAAAAUUAUUGAACUUAAGCGUAAAGUUUGUGAAAUAAAACCUGGAAGCUCUUUUGUUGUAUUAAAUCAGAAGGGAAUAGAUCCUCCAUCGCUAAGCAUGUUAGCUCAGGAAAAUAUCUUAGCCCUCAGAAGGGUUAAGAGGAGAAAUAUGGAACGUCUAACUUUAGCUUGUGGUGGGAAUGCUAUGAAUUCUGUAGAGGAUCUAUCAAUUGAAGAUCUAGGAUGGGCAGAUCACGUCUAUGAAAAAAGUAUUGGAGAAGAUAAAUUUACUUUUGUAGAGGGGGUUAAAAGUUGCAAAAGCUGUUGUAUUCUUAUUAUAGGCCCUAAUGAUCAUAGUAUUACUCAAGUUAAGGAUGCUAUUCGUGAUGGACUGAGAGCUGUGAAAAAUGCUAUUGAUGAUAAAUAUAUCGUUCCAGGAGCAGGUGCAUUUGAAUUAAUGGCAUAUCAACAUCUACAGAAUAUUCGUAAAGAAGUUCAUGGCAAGUCUAAGUUUGGAGUAGAUAUUUUGGCGGAUGCAUUUCUUGCAAUACCCAAAACUUUAGCUGAAAAUGCAGCUUUGGAUCCACAAGAAAUUACAUUAAAUACUCUUGAUGCUCUACAGAAAUCUAAUCAGCCUUUGGGUAUAGAUCUUACAACUGGUGAACCGUUUUACCCCAUAAUUGAUGGUGUUAUUGAUAAUUAUUGUGUCAAGAGACAAAUCCUAAGUAUUGCUCCUACUCUUGCUCAGCAACUACUUUUAGUAGAUGAAGUUAUCAAAGCUGGGAAGCAGAUGCAAUAA